ACCGUGAAUCUUGUUUUGACUAAUUGAAGAAUUUGAGAAGUGUAUUUGAAUGCGCCUAUACUUUUUCUGGAAAAACCAAAAUCUUGAAACCGGGGUUGAGGCUCAUAAAUCAUAAUAGUAGUAGUAGUAGUUGCUGAAUUUGUUAACUUGUUAAAAAGUUACAACACCAAAUCAUUAUCCCCAAAUUCCAUAUCUUACUCUCUCUGAAGCUGGAUUCCCGGCAACAUGACUCCGCCGCAACUCCUCCUGCUAACAUCUGCGUUGCUUCUGGCGCAUACGCUAAUCCAAUUCGCCUCCGCCACCUCCAACGAGGCUUAUCCCCCGCCAUACGGACUCGAUCAGCCCUGGACUCCCGCCGCCGAUGAUCCAGUCCCUGUGCGCCGCGAAGUGUACGGAGGCGGCCGUAUCAUCGACAUAAGCCACCGGUACCACCCGGACAUGCCGUCCUGGGAGUCCCCCGACGGCCUCGGCCACUUCCUGUGGCUCGCUAAGAGCAUCAAAAACGGGGAGCUCGCUAAUAACUCCGAGAUGAAGCUCCCCACCCACACCGGGACCCACGUCGAUGCGCCGGGACACGUCUUCGAUCACUACUUCGAUGCCGGCUUCGACGUUGACACGCUCGACCUCGAUGUUCUUAACGGUAAUGCAUUGCUUGUAGAUGUUCCCAGAGACAAAAAUAUCACUGCCGAAGUUAUGAAGACCUUAAAUAUUCCAAAGGGAGUACGAAGAGUACUCUUUAGAACACUAAAUACGGACAGAGGCCUUAUGUACAAGAAGGCAUUUGACACAAGUUAUGUUGGGUUCAUGAAAGAUGGGGCACAGUGGCUUGUCGAUAAUACUGACAUCAAACUUGUGGGAGUGGAUUACCUGUCGGUGGCUGCAUUCGACGACCUACUUCCUUCUCAUUAUGUUUUCCUUGAAGGAAGGGAAAUAAUCCUAGUAGAAGGGCUGAAACUUGAUGGUGCAGAAGCAGGAAUAUAUUCAGUGCACUGCUUGCCUUUGAGAUUGGUGGGUGCAGAGGGAUCGCCGAUUAGAUGUAUUCUCAUCAAGCCAUGAGUUGUUGUCUUCACAUCACCCCGGCGUUUUCUUCUGUAUGCAUAUUUCUACUAUAUUACUCCCUCCGUCUCAUUUGCUCUCGACACAAGUUUUAAUAAACUGAAUGAGUGUCUUUUACAGUAAAA